CCACCACUGACUUGGGCGUUGUAUUAAUUAUUGACUACAAAUUCACGAAAUUGCCGGUGAUUACAAUAUGAGCACUAUACAUUCAACCAACCGACUUCAAAAUAAGCUCUCAAGGAACAAGAGAAAGAAACAACUAAUUCAGCCCUAAAAAAACAGAACAUCCGGCAGUCAGUCUGAGUCAAUUAUCUGGAAGCUGGAAAAGGAAAAAAGGCAUACUCUCCCUCUGCAAGCAGCAACCCAGAAAUCGGUAAAUGUAUAGGGCCUGUGAUCACAGACAAAAUGGAUAUUUAGUGAAUACAACCCACUAAUUGGAAGCAGUUCCAGAUCAAAAUGGAAACUAAAAUGAGGAGAGCAAGCAGAGUGGCAUACGAUUCUUGUUGCACGAGCAGCAGGUUCCUAAUGGCGCUGGCCUUAGCGGCGGUGACGGUGAUGACGGCGGAGUGGCAGAGCUGCGUCGGUAAUUGCUUGGAGCACGAAAGGCUUACUCUCUUGGAUAUUUAUGCCUUCCUCGGUGACGACGGCGCUCUCUAUUCACAAAGCAGCGAUGAUUGCUGCGGUUGGGAAGAAGUUAGUUGCGACGACACAACGGGGAGGGUGAGCAAAGGGUUCGGCGGGAUGGAGGAAUCGUCGGCGUCGGCGCUGGAGCUAUCGCCUCUUAGUGGUGCGCGACGUCGUCGAGAGGCACGGAUAGAUCGACGUCGUCGGGUAGGUAGUCGGGAUGGAGGAAUCGUCGAUGGCGCCGUCGCAAGGCUUGCUCAGAAUGGUAUGAAUUGAGAUUAAGAAUCCCUCGCUGAGCUGGGUAGGGAUUUAGUGGUUUGCGGUUUCGAACCGCAACCGCAGUUUCGGUCGACCCGUACCACAAAACCGCGAACCGCUUAGAAUUAGACCGCAAAUAAAACCGCAAUCCUAAUGGUGCGGUUUGGAUUGACCGCAUAAACGAUUUGGAGCGGGCGGAGGGUCCAGUACAACAUUUUGUAUUUGGACGAGAGGCUGAAAGUAGAAAGCAAGGUAACACCAAUCACUUUGAUAAGUCCCUUAAUACCACCAAUCCUCGGAAGAAGUUAGUAGUCUCUCCACAAGCAGGUGCGAGGGCAGGGAAGUCAACGAACCCUAACUCCAAGCACAAACAACGUGGUGCGGAGGUGAUGGACAAAGAGAAUGAGAAGCACAAGGCCACUAAUGGGAUGGCGGGAAAGUUAGCUGAUAAACAAAAGGACGCGGG